AUUCUGCGCACGUUUCACUGAGCUAUAAAGAAGAAGCCGGCUGGUUCAGUGCGGUUACGGAGUGGGUUUUUAAUCCUGUAUUACCAUCUUGGAACUGAAUUGUAUGAUGAUAAUUUAGAAUGGCACAGAAAGACACGCUGGUGCAUCUCUUCGCCGGGGGAUGUGGUGGUACAGUUGGUGCCAUCAUGACCUGUCCCUUGGAGGUGUUAAAAACAAGGCUACAGUCAUCAGGUCUCACCCUCAGACCGGUGUUUCAAGUGCAGCUGGGCACAGUUAAUGGAGCUAGUGUUAUUAGACCAGGAACGGUUACACCAAGCCUAUUGCAGAUACUACGGUCAAUUCUGGAAAAAGAGGGACCAAGUUCGCUCUUUCGAGGGUUGGGUCCAAAUCUGGUUGGCGUUGCACCUUCAAGGGCCAUAUAUUUUGCAGCAUACUCCAAGGCAAAAGCAACUUUAAAUGGCAUUUUUGUGCCCAACAGUGGAGCAGUACACAUGUCUUCAGCAGGGUUUGCAGCUUUUGUCACAAACUCCUUGAUGAACCCCAUAUGGCUGGUCAAAACAAGAAUGCAGCUUGAAAAGAAGGCUCGAGGAGAAAAGAAAAUGAAUGCGUUACAAUGUGCCCGGUACGUGUACAGGACAGAAGGGGUACGAGGCUUUUACCGGGGCCUCACUGCAUCAUACGCUGGAAUCUCGGAGACCAUGAUCUGCUUCGUCAUCUAUGAGACUCUGAAGAAGCACAUAGCUGAAAGCAGACUCACCUCAGCCAACAGUGAUGGUGAAAAAGGAGCCUCUGACUUCCUGAGCCUAAUGGUAGCAGCAGCCUUUGCCAAAGGCUGUGCCUCCUGCAUAGCAUAUCCACAUGAGGUCAUUCGGACCAGGCUGAGAGAAGUGGGCAGCAAAUACAAGUACUUCUUUCAGACGGCACGGCUCAUAGCAGUGGAGGAGGGUUACGCUGCUUUUUAUAGAGGACUAAUUCCACAGCUCAUUAGGCAAAUUCCUAACACAGCAAUCGUGCUCUCCACGUACGAGCUCAUCGUCUAUCUGCUGGGUCAGCCCUCCAAAUAAACCCACUAUAAUGUGCACAAUGGACUUGCAGAACUGCGGUUACAGUUUAAAAAACCCAAUGCAGACUGUGCUUGAGGAAUAGGACACUGGUACGCAGUAGUUUCCAAAGACUUUAAUAAGGCUUAUUUUUUUAUUUAGGUGAAUGUCCACCAUCAGAUGUAAGAAUUCAAUUUAAGUUUAUACUGCCUCCUAACUGUCACUGUUUCAUAUUAAAUAUGUAAAGAUGUGGUACAAAACUGAGGUUAAAUCGAGGUGGUAAUAAUGCAUUGCUGUACAGAAAGAGGUCAUCAAGUUCAUAGUGCUGUUAAGUUAACUAAAUUAUUAUUUUUAUUGUAGUUUUGUUUUUACUUUGUCAGGCAUAUGUCCACUCUGCAAUACUGUAGCCACCUGAAGAUGAAGAAGCUGUCUUUCCAGUGAAUUCUGUCAUAAAGAUGAAGGAUUGCUCACUGGUGCCUAAUGUGUACUCACUCACUGUUCUACCACAGGAUUUUCUGUUUGUUAUGCAGUGAUUGAGGAUCUGAUCAGGUCUAUGUGCUCGGUUACUACUCAUGUCUGUUUAUUGUAUGUUCUGUUCUGGUAUGUUUGUCAUGUUUUACAGAAAAUGAAAGUUGAAUACAUUCGCAAGCAAUGGAUCAAUCGAAUAAAUAGUGAAAUAA